AUGCUUCCUUCAAACAUUUGGCUUCUUUAGCUCUCAAUAAAACUCCAUACCCAUCCAACACCUAGCCGUCUAACUAUUUUAAAUAAUUGAGGAGAACAACUACCAAACUGUAAUUUGGUUUUAUUUUCUUGAGGGUACAACCGGAAAAAAAUGGGAAGAGCACCAUGUUGUGAGAAAAUGGGGAUGAAGAGAGGACCAUGGACUCCUGAAGAAGAUCAAAUCUUGAUCAACUAUAUUCAUCUCUAUGGUCAUUCUAACUGGCGAGCCCUUCCCAAACAAGCAGGUUUACUUAGAUGUGGUAAAAGCUGCAGACUUCGAUGGAUCAAUUAUCUGAGACCAGACAUCAAACGUGGCAAUUUCACUCCACAAGAAGAACAAACUAUCAUCAAUUUACAUGAAGUGUUGGGCAACAGAUGGUCUGCGAUUGCUGCAAAAUUGCCAGGACGAACCGACAAUGAAAUAAAAAAUGUUUGGCAUACUCAUUUGAAGAAAAGACUCAACAAAAAUCAAAACAAUGGCGGAGAUAUCAAAGGCCUUAACGGUUCUAACGAGACCACACACGAAGACAAAGAGCCUGUGAUGGUCGACACGACCUCUCCCCAACAGUUCAGUGUAAUGUCGGAUAAUAACAAGGACGAUAUGAUAUCGUACGAGGAUAUUUCUGCAUUGGUUGAUGAGAGUUUUUGGUCAGACGUCGUAUCGGUAGAUAAUUCGAGUAACAAUGAGAAAAAGAUACGAGGCUGGGAAGGAUUGCUAGAGCAGAAUAGUAAGAGAUAUAGUUAUAAUAAUUCGAAGUUGUAUAAUGAUGACAUGGAGUUUUGGUUUGAACUUUUCACUAGUAGUCGUAGGAUUGAGGCAUUUUCCGACAUACCUGAGUUCUAAUUUUGAUUGUGUGUUGUUCUUAUCCUUAAGACCUGAAAGAGUCUUUUUGUAAACCAAAUGAAUAAAUUAAAAAGUUGUUUUUGUUUCCUUUUCGUCCGUAU